GAGUCUGGAAACAAUGGCGAAAGACGGUUGAAGACAUUAUGCAUGGAAAAACCAAAACUGACUGGGAAAGAAAAUAUAUUUGACGGAAUUAAUUAUUAUUUGCUCGCCAAUUUUGUCAAGUGGCAGUUCACACGACGAGAGUAAAGGUCGACAUUCACCACUGACUGAGAGAAACCUCACUUGCCUGGGCAAGGGGUCUAGAUUUUCUAGAUCUGGGGUCUAGGGUCUAGAUCUUCUGUCUAGAAUCAUUUUUCCAAGUACUCCACUUCUAAAGUCAUCUGUCACUGACAAGCAUCGCAAUUUGUGGGAAGAAAUUUGUAAGUUGGAUGAAGAGGAACUACCCAAAAUUCUCGUACCCAGAAUUCUCACCAAACGCACCCAAAUAGAAUGUACCCAAAUUCUCACCAAAGAAGACCAUAUUUUGUAUGGUGAAGUUGCUAAGUAAAUUGUGACAAAGAUCAUCGACAAUCUUCCAAUUUUCACGAUGGAUGAAACUGCCGAGGAUCAUGGGAUUGUAAAAGACCGUGAUGUUAACAAUGAUAUUGAAACCAGUCUUUCAGAACAAAAAGUUGUUUGUGAAGAAGAAAAAGAUGUGAUUGCCAAUGGUAAGGAUGAUAUACAAAUUGAUGAGUCCGAAAUGGUGGAAAAUGGCGAAGUUAAAGGAGAUAAUGAUUUCAUAAACUCGUGUACUGAAUUUGAUACUACAAUUAAAGAAACAUCUGUCAAUGACGAAUCAUGCUUAGAAAAUACAUUGUCUGAAUUUGAUGAAAGUUCCGAAGAUCUUAAUGUGACAGUGAAGGAAUCCGUCGUUGAUUCAUCAAAGUUUUCAGACUCUAUAUUAGAUGAAACUGUGAAAGAGGUGACAGACGCAGAUGGAAACGAGAAAGCGGCCGGGAGUUUUGUUGUCACCACCUGCCUAAACGUUAGACCAUAACACGUUGAAGCGUCUUUGGGUACACGAGGUCUUCCGCGUUUACUAUGAUCGGCUCGUGGAUGAUGCAGAUCGUUCGUGGCUCAUUGAAUUCAUGAGUCUCAAAGUC